AUGACUUAUUUGAUUCCAUGUCUAAGGUUAUUCUCUGGAACCCGUCGAUCAGAAAAUCCAGAAGAGGAUUAUGGGGAUUGUUUGUCGGAUUUGAUCCUGUUCGGAUGUGAGGUGCGAAGGCAGGGGAUUCGGAUAAUAGGUUGCAAUGGGAAGAUGCCAGAAAAGGGUUCAGUAGAACAAGUGGUUGUUGUUGGUGAUUUUGGUUUUGCCUCUGUUGCUUUCAUGCUAUGUUCUAAAUUAAGGAAACCAUUCCGCAAGUUCCACACUAAGCUUGUUAGAGAACUCGAAAAGAAGUUCAGUGGAAAGAAUGUUAUUGUGAUUGCAACCCGAAGGAUUGUUAGGCCACCAAAGAAAGGCUCAGCAGCCACCCGAAGGAUUGUGAUUCCAAUUCUGUUGGAAUGGAAUGACGAAUUCCAAGUCUGUUGGAAUCACAGAAGUUGAUGCUUGAAGAAUGGACCACAUUAUUCUUUUAGAAUGUAUUAGUCGUUGUUAGAUUUUGAUGUUUUCUUCCCCGUUGUGAUUGUUUUUUAGUUUUAUUCUUUAACAAUAAAUGUAAUUCUUAACAAUUUUUACCCGUAU